AUGCACAUUCCUGCAGCCUCGCGCUUGCACUGGACUGUUCCUCCGGCCUUUCUAGCAGCAUGGGGUAGUUGGAACUAUACUUGUCGCGAAAGCUUGCGCGCUGAUGGCCCGUCGCGAGCUUGGAGGCAGAGAUCGUCUCUCAGUACCUCUCAGCAACCAAUUGAUAGCAAAAGGCAUGGUGACAACAGUCAGUUGCAGCACAAUGCGAGCAUACCACCAACUAGUGCCCAUCCAGAACCACACACGGCAUGGUCAAAGUUCACAAAGAAGUUCUUGGUUAUCAGGGAUUCGUUUACCUCGAUAGAACUCGCAAAUAUUGGCGACAAUAUCAAGAAUUACAUCACACCUGAUUGGAUGGGGUUCCUCCCUGCUACAGUACGAAAGCUUCAAAGAGAAUUGUCCAUGGCGCCUGGCUCACUGGCCGACGAAAUAUGGAGGGAAUCUCGCGACGUUGAUAUGAACCCGGAAAUUUCUUACGAUGCGAAUGUUCGAGUUGGUGACACUCUCUGCCCGGAAGAGGUUGUAUUCCGUCGGAAGCGACAAAAACAUGCUGUCAAAGCGCUGGCAAAGUAUUUAGACUUGAAAGAGGAGGACAUCCAUCCCGAUGAUGUCCCGAUAAUUGCAAUGUGUGGAUCUGGUGGUGGCCUCAGAGCCCUCGUCGCCGGUUCAGGCUCCUAUUUGGCUACACAGGAAGCUGGGCUUUGGGAUUGCAUUACGUACACUGCCGGCGUAAGUGGGAGCUGCUGGCUGCAAACUCUCUACAACUCCUCGAUAUCCGGCGGUGAUUUCCGCAGGCUUGUCGAGCACUUGAAAAACAGGCUAGGAAUUCACAUUGCUUUUCCUCCCAAGGCACUUAACCUGUUGACUACAGCCCCGACAAACAAAUAUCUGCUAAGAGGCUUAGUAGAGAAGCUUAAAGGUGAUCCUAAUGCAGAUUUCGGUCUUGUUGAUAUAUAUGGACUACUGUUAGCAGCACGGUUACUCGUACCCCGCGGCGAACUUGAUCUCUCUGAUACAAACCUGAAGUUGUCGAACCAGAGAGACUAUCUUCAGAUAGGAAGCAAUCCAAUGCCUAUUUACACUGCUGUUCGUCACGAAAUCCCGAUCAGAGAUAAAGACGAAAUCAAGGGACGCCGAGCUGUAGAGAAAGUCAAGGAAGCCGCGACAAGGGAAGCUUGGUUUCAAUGGUUUGAGUUCACUCCUUAUGAAUUCUUUUGCGAAGAGUUCGGUGCCGGAAUUCCUAUGUGGGCAGUUGGGAGACAUUUCUACCAAGGCAAAGAUACACCUCCCAACAAGUACCCGGUCCCAGAACUUCGCAUUCCUGCAUUAAUGGGUAUAUGGGGCAGCGCCUUUUGUGCAACCCUCGCACACUACUACAAGGAGAUCAGGCCUGUUGUCAAGGGUCUUGCAGGAUUUGGAGGCAUAGAUUCUUUGAUCGAAGGACAAAGUGAUGAGCUUAUUAAAGUUCACCCUUUUGAUCCUGCAUCAAUACCAAAUUACAUACUGGGUAUGAAAGGACAACUUCCAUCCUCAUGUCCAGAAUCGGCUUUGCACGACUCUCAUUUGCGGCUAAUGGAUGCUGGUAUGAGCAACAACCUUCCAAUCUACCCGCUGCUUCGACCAGGGAGAGGGGUCGAUAUUGUCGUUGCAUUUGAUGCAUCUGCAGACAUUAAACAAGAGAACUGGUUAGCUGUUGUUGACGGAUACGCUCGACAGCGAGGCAUCAAGGGAUGGCCUGUCGGAGCUGGGUGGCCAAAAGAAGACAAGAACGCCGAAGAAACUGCAAAGAUGUUACACGAAGUGAACCAGCUGAGCGAGUCUAAAUCAGAUUAUAAGCUUGGUAAGGCACAAGAUGGCGACCCGAGAACGAAAAAUCAAACUGGUCCCUUGACAGACACCCUUAUGACAUCCCCCUCUCACCACGAUAGCGCAGCGGAGCCCACGGAAUCAGAAAACGACUUGACAUAUUGCAAUGUGUGGCUCGGCACGAAACAAGAACUAACGGCUGAAACUGAGCCUCCGCCAUCGAAGAGAUUAUUCCACCCCAGCAAUGGCGAUCCAAGCACGUCUGAUUUCCAUCUAAUGCGGCCGGAUGCCGGGAUUGCUGUGAUAUAUUUCCCACUGCUCCCAAAUCCCUCAGCUCCAGAUUAUACGAGCCCCAACCGUACAGAUAGGUCACAAAUUGCAAACCCUCGCGGUUCAACGCAGCGUGAAGUAGUCGACCCGGCAUCACCAAAAGCAUUAGCGCCAAAGCCAAGUUCUAUUAAUCCUGACGUGGACGAUUUCUUGUCGACGUGGAACUUUGUGUAUACUCCCGAACAGAUCGAUUCAGUUGUUGGACUUGCAAAGGCCAAUUUUGCUCAAGGCGAAGCUCAAGUUAAGCGCGUUGUACGCGGUGUUUAUGAACGGCGCAAACGGGACCGACUACAGCGUGAGCGCGAGGCGAAAGAGGAAGCAGUGAAUAAAAAAAUGGACGAACUGAAGAAACGGCAUGAAGGAUACACGCCCAUCUACUAA